AUGGCUGGAAAUGCUGGUCAUUCGGUCAGUGAUGCUGCUCUUCGGCCAUUGAUUACUGGUUUAUCACCCAAAGAAGGAGUUCCGGGGACGCAGAUUAAGAUUCGUGGCGAAAAUCUUGGAAGGAAUCAAUCGGAUCUGGUUGCUUUAUCUAUUUGUGGAACUGACUGCUUAAUGUCGGCAAAAUGGAAAUCACCUUCUCUGAUUGUAGCACGUAUUGGGCAAGCGAAACGUGGUGUCGGCGAAGUAGUCCUUCUGACAAAAUCAAUGGGAAAAAGCACUUCAAAUGUCACAUUUCGUGUUUUUAUCGUGCAAGUUGGUCCAUUAGAGGAAAGUGCUGUUUGGGUGGAUGAAACAAGGACAGUUCCUGGACGUGAAGCUGUCCGUAAUGUUCCCGAAACAGCAGUUGCUUUGGAUGCGUUAGGAUUGACGAUUGAGCCACACAAAAAAAUGGAUCAAACGUCCCUGAUGCAAAUGUUUCCGGAAGGUUCAGGCAAUCUUCGAAUGGAAAAUUUCAACCCAGCUUGGUACUUGCUUGAAAAUCAUCGUGAAACAAAACUUUCUGAUCUCAGAAGAGGGUUGACAUAUUUAACACAGAGCACUAAAGAAGGCGAAAAAAGUAGCUCUGAUUUACAUCGUGCAAAUCUAUACUCACUGAUUAACUGCGUUGAUACACUGGCAGCACUUCAUGAUAAAAUGCAGCUAGAAAAGAAUGCUCGUGGUUGGCCGUUCACAAAAAAUAUUUCUGACAAGCUGGCUGGAUCGCACACAGCAGCAAAUGCAGUAUUCUAUGAGGUUUUAACACGGAAGGAUCGAGCUGAUGCCACACGAAAUGCCUUAUCAGUGCUUACUCGUUUUCGAUUUAUUUUCUUUCUUUCCAGUGCUAUCGAUCAAAAUUUAGCAAAGGGCGAAUAUUCAACGAUUCUGAAUGAUUAUACUCGCGCAAAGUCACUUUUCAAGGAUACUGAAGUGUCGUUAUUUAAGGAGGUAAUGGCUGAGUUGGAUCAGAAAAUGGAAAUAUUUAAGAGAAAUAUGAAACAGCGUCUGAUUGAUAUGCCUACUUCAUUUGAGGAUCAAAGCAAACUAAUUAAAUAUCUGAAAGUCCUUGAACCGAAUUCAGAUCCAGCAUGGGACUGCAUCACAGCAUAUCAUUGUUGGUUGGAAGAUCUUUUGUGGCAAACGCAAAAAAAGCAUUUGAAAUUAGAAUUUGUAGUACCGUUUAGUAUCCUAACAUCUUCAUUAUGCUUCAUUUUCAACUUUAUACCGUUCAUUCCUUCCAAAAUUAUUGUUGGUGUAAUAGUUGAAGAAAACUCGCAUAAUCUUCACGAUUUCGUUCAAGAAAUGGUAGACCUAAUUACCGACAAAUUACAAAUUUUCUGGAAACUUUCUCAGAUAUAUUCCUCAUCCGUUACAAAUCUGACAUCGGUGGAUCGUUUAUGUGAUAUUAAUCAAAUGCUCAUAAACACAAUCAAUGUUUCAUCAUGGCUAAUAUUGAAUGCAUUGGUACCUGAUGCCUUACCCGAAUCAGUUUUGCGGAAAUACAGGGAACAGUUUGCGAAAUGGCCAUCUAUUACUUCAUCUCCUCUCACGCAGCAGUUAUUUUCAUCACUAAAAAUUUUAAGGUCAUGCGUAAGUUUUAUGCUGGAUUGCAAUUUUACUUCGGAGCAACUGCAGCCAUUAUUGGAGCUAUGUGUUACCAUUCGAUUAAAAUGCUUAUCAAAAGUAAUUGAGAGAGUUACACAGGGAGUAAUUAGCCUAGAAAAUGGAGAAAUCUGGAAACUAGAACAUACGGGUUUGUCGAAAACUAUUUUACCGGAUCUGUAUGAAACCGAGGUAAAUGAUAGCAUGGGACAAAUUCGACAAAUACUUUCAUCUUCAAAUUAUACGGGUGAAUUGGAUUUGUUUAGUAGGGAACGAUUUCGUUUGAUGUUGGUUGAUUUAUUUACGAUGAUUCUCACAUCAAUUCGUGAUUGUAUAGAGAAUGGCCUACAGCUGAGAGGCAUGAAACGUCCAUCGGCUUUAUUCAGUGAAGGAGCAGCUAGUAGCCGGAAGUUGCUCAUUGCCAUAUGUAACAUUGAAUAUGUGAUUGGUAAUUCUUUGCCCGCAUUGUGCCGUCGCUUAGCUGAGAAUGGUGUCAAAUAUGGUGACGUCAUAUUUGAAAAAAGCAAGGGAGAGCUGUUGGUGUUUCGGCAGAACUUAAUGAAGUAUUAUUUGCAAAUAAAAUGCGCUACGUUUAGUUCCAUGUUUGGAUCGGCUAAUUAUGAUAAUCUACCGAACGAAGAGGCAUCAGAUUACAUCAAAGAACUGAUCAUGUAUCUAAUAUUCAUUCAGUCGGAAAUAUAUUUACUUGCUCCACACCUCAUGCGCGAGAUUCUUAGUCCAAUAAUACAAAACGCAUUUGAUCAACUAAUUGAUCGACUCGACCAUUUACAAAAUAUGUCAUUGGAGCAAACCACUCAAGUUGUCGUAGAUGUUACAGCGUUAGAAGAAAGUAUACAAAAUUUCUUGGCAUUGGAAACAAGGACUGUUGUGAAUUCCUUCCGAGCCAAGCUUGUCGGCAGUUUGGAUCAGUCGCUUUUCCAGCGAUGUCUUCGUAAUUUUCGCGCUGCAAUGCGAAUGGCAAUUGUAAGUUUGAACUGCCAUCAGACAGAUGCAAAUGAUUCAUCUGAUAUAUAA